UCAUGUUCAAACGUCCAAAACCCGGUGAAGAUGAGGACGACAUUCUUCGCAUGCAAGAAGAGUUUUUGCGAGAAAAACAGAAACAAAAUGUGCAACCUGCAGCUGCAGUUACUAAUCUACGACCACAGGAAACCAGUAAAAGGCCCAGUAGUUCUGACACUCGGAAACCGUCGAAAUAUGCACAAGCCAAAGGUCUUAAAGGUGAAAAAAAGGCGCGAUUUGAUGACUCUCCCUCAGUUGUCGGUGACAUCUUAGAAAAGAACAUAGAAGACCCAGAAAUAGAUCAACCGGAACAAGACGACGACAAAGUAUACUUCCCUAAAGUUAUUCCGUCAUUAUUAGGGGAUAUUGUCGAAAAAAAUAUAGCAGAUUUCAAAGAAUUUAGUACUAAAGAAAUGCCAGCGCAAGGUUUUCCUGUAGUUACUAAGAGAUCAACUAUAUUUAGUAAGAGAAAUGCUACGUUGAAAAAUGAGAGUGUAAAUAUGGAUGUAGAUGAACCAAGUACAAGUAAGGACAGUAAUAAAACCUCCAACGUAAAUUUGCCUUCAAAAAGUUUUGUAAUAUCAUCGGCAGAUGCGGAUGCUAUACACAGUGAAAAUCUAAAGUUGUUGAGUGGCAUGUCGGAGAAAGAAAUUCUUGAAGAACGGAGUAAACUGCUUUCAAAUAUAGACCCCAAAAUUGUAGAGUUUUUAAAAGCCAAAAGACAACAAGCUUCAUUGCCUAAAACUGUUGCAAUAGAACAAGCACCCAAAACCCAAAGUAUGGAGAUUGCAGAACAGAACAUAGACACUACAGUUGCUUUGCCAGAAAACAAUCUGUGGGAAAAUGAUGUAUUAUCCCACCCGGACAUUAACAAAUGGCUUCAUUUCAAUUCACUAGAAAAAGAUAAACUGGAAUGGAUGAAAGGCAUAGAAGAAAGCAAGAGAAUCAAGGCUGACGAGCCUUAUGAAGCAAGAUUUGACUUCAACGGCUAUCUUCUACCAUAUACUUUGGAAUAUAAUGAAAAGACUAAACCACUAUUUCAUCACGGUGACGAGCCACAUAGACCGGGGUACUCAAUUACAGAAUUGGUUGAAUUGACCCGAUCUUCAAUCACUCAGCAAAGAGUUAUGGCCUUAAAUACAAUAGCUGGUAUCAUAGAGUAUUACAGUGCAGGCACAUACAAAAAUGUCAUCGAAAUACCUAUUAGCAAACUGUUCUUUAUUGUCAGAAUAGCUAUGGAUGACAACAAAGUUAUUAUUUUAGAACCAGCCCUAAGAGCUAUGAGGAAUUUGCUAUACAACAGAAUUGAUGAAGCCAGCUUGGAUGCCUUGAUUGGUUUCGAAGAAGGCACAUUACAGCCUUGUUUGGAAAACGAUAAGUCAGAGAUUGAAGAAUUACAGUCUAAGGAAUCCGAGUUUACCGACUACCAUUUAGCUGAAAUUGAUAUCAUGACUGCACUUCAGCGAACUGAAAUCCUUCAGAGACUGUACUAUAUAUUGGAGACAAUUAGACCAAACUUCAACUGUGUACAAUAUUCCUUACAAAUACUGUCUAGAUUAGCCAGAGAUUCGGUACAAACUGCAUUGAAGAUUGUUGAGAUGGAGCACUUGAUGAAAACAAUAAUAACGAACUUUGUGCCAGUAACUUCCACAAAUUUUGUUUUUGAUCCCAAUAUUGUGUACAAAGGAAAGCCAAUAUUAGCUGCACUCAAGUUUAUAAGAAUCAUGUCAUUACAAUCUAUUGAAGUAACAAGAGCUCUACUGACUAAAUAUGACAUACUGAAACCAAUUUCUGAAUACAUAAGCUCAGGGGUUGAUAGAACUUACGGAUUAAAAAUACAGAUUGAAGCCUUUUGUAUAUUAUCAAACCUGUUGUGCUUUGGCUUAGGGACGGAUGUGGCUAUAUCACUCUUUCCGGUGAUUAUCACUGCUUUACACAAACAUGUGAAGGGAACAGAUAUAUUUGUGGAAUCGUCCAUUUUAUCAGCAACACAUGCUGCAGUAGUCCUUCAGCUAAUGAACAGACUCCUAAGAUGCAUUCUGGGAGGAAUGGACAGUUAUAAGACUCAGAUAUAUCCCUUACUAAAAGAAGGAGUUCAGAAAUGGAUGGGACAAUUGUCUAAUGCUACCAGAUACACAUGUGGUCAUUUACGCCUUCUCUGUUCAGCGAUAGACUGCUGCAAGACUGUCACUCUCAUAGAAAAUCUACCAAUGAAGUUCCUUAACGAUUCCCUAAGGACCCUUUCCCAGUCGCGAGGAUUUGAAAUGAUUAUUAAAAAUCUUAUACCCAGUUCCAAUUUGUUAUCUGGAUUGGAAAAUAAAGAUCUACAUUUGACCAAGAAUUUGAUGUCUCUUGGAGGAUCUGUUAUAGAUUCAGAGCAGAAAGUAUUGCCAAUCUUAAAUGUUGCAUCACCAUUGCCGUUUUUGACUUCGCUGUUCAAUUUAUUGACUUAUGUAAAUGACAAAGACAUGUCUGAAGCCUUCCUAAGGCACCUGACGCUGUAUUUGAGCAAACUCAGCAAUAACGUACCAAGUUUGUGUGAUAAUUGGUUCACAAGAAUGGAAACCAACUUUGUUUUCAGUAUUAUAAAGUUGUCUACUCAAUACGAGAUUUCGGAAGGCAGUAAGGACCUACUUUAUACUGUAGCUAACAAGCUAUGUUAUAUAUUGCGAAAUGACAAAAAAUACGAAUUAGAUUUUCUUUUCGGUUACGUGGUAUUUAAUAAGCAUUGGUUCACAGCUGAAAGAUUAUUGCAUCUUGUGAAUCUAACAGAUGCUGAUGGCUUUUCUAAAGCAUUGACGUCUAUUGAAGAGAUUAAGCUGUGUUAUAGCAAAGUGGUAAAUAUCACCUACAGAGACACAGGUCCUAACAUAAGGUUUAAGAGCUGGCAAGAGCCGAUUUUGCCGCGAGACUGGAUCUAUUUACCGAUACUAACACUGUACAGCAGAAGUCAAGAGGCCGAUAACGCUCCCAAAAUCGUUGGAGAGCAUUCUAAGAAAGUUGCUGAACGAAUAGCAGCUGAAAAGGAAUUCAUCAUCAGGUGCAGUUUGGAGUGGAUACUAUUCAACGAACUCUGCUUUCCAGACCUUUUGAAUGACAUCGAUGUAACGGACAGACUUUGCCGAAUCAUGUGCGUGUUUCUAUGCGACAAUUCGCUAUUUCUGGACCCCAAAAUUAAAAUAUUACUGCGGAAGUGCACAGAUAUAUUGUUCAAGAAGAAAUCCAAGUUGAAUUUCGACAAACAACUGAUUGGAUUGAAUAAUUUCCAGGAUUUCUACACUCAGUUCUUAGAGCAGUUUCAAUCAGUCAGUUAUGGGGAUCCUACAUUCGCUGCAUGCGUUUUGGUGCCUUUAGCUCAGAGGCAUGACGUUAAAUGGCGGAAACUUCUGUGGUCUGAAUACGCAGGAUGUCUUAGAGCGCUCGACUGUCCCGGAGAAUAUCUUUGUUAUGACAUUAAAGAGUAUUUACACCCUGAGGAAACAGACCAAUCGCUAAUCCAGUCGUAUUUCCAAGCGCUUUCCACUAAUUUGCUGAGACCGAGCACGAUAGCGCAUACAAUAGCAUCCCAUCACGCGGCACAUUACAAACAAACCUCUGUAUCUAAAGAAUAAAGAUUUAUGUACUUAUUCAUAA